AUGAAUUCAUUUUCCCACGUCCCUCCGGGUUUCAGAUUUCACCCGACAGACGAAGAACUUGUAGACUACUACUUGAGGAAAAAAGUCGCAUCGAAGAGAAUAGAAAUCGAUUUCAUAAAGGACAUUGAUCUUUACAAGAUUGAACCAUGGGAUCUUCAAGAGCUGUGCAAGAUUGGACACGAAGAGCAGAGUGAUUGGUACUUCUUUAGCCAUAAAGACAAGAAGUAUCCCACAGGGACUCGAACCAAUAGAGCAACGAAAGCAGGGUUUUGGAAAGCCACUGGAAGAGAUAAGGCUAUAUAUUUGAGGCAUAGUCUUAUUGGUAUGAGGAAAACACUUGUGUUUUACAAGGGUCGAGCCCCGAAUGGACAAAAAUCCGAUUGGAUCAUGCACGAAUACCGUUUAGAGACCGAUGAAAACGGAACUCCUCAGGAAGAAGGAUGGGUUGUAUGUAGGGUGUUCAAGAAGAGACUGGCUGCAGUUAGACGAAUGGGAGAUUACGACUCAUCGCCUUCACAUUGGUACGACGAUCAGCUCUCUUUUAUGGCCUCUGAUCUCGAGACAAACGGUCAACGGCGGAUUCUCCCCAACCAUCAUCAUCAACAGUACCAUCACGAGCACCAACAGCCUAUGCCAUAUGGCCUCAAUGCAUCAGCUUACGCUCUCAACAACCCUAACUUGCAAUGCAAGCAAGAGCUUGAGCUACAAUACAAUCACAUGGUACAACAACAUCGUCUUCUUCAUGAAUCUCCUUUAUCAUUCCUCCAACUUCCUCAGCUUGAAAGCCCUAAGAUCCAACAAGAUAAUAGUAAUUGCAACUCUCUUCCUUACGGAACAAGCAAUAAUAACGCCAGUCAUAAUGCUAACUUGCAGCAGUCCAAUCUCGCGCAUGAGGACCAAAUGAAUCAAGGGAAUCAGAGUUUCAGCUCUCUAUACAUGAAUAGCGGUAACGAGCAAGGGAUUGACCAAGUCACGGACUGGAGAGUUCUCGAUAAGUUUGUUGCUUCUCAGCUCAGCAACGAGGAGGCCGCCACAGCUUCUGCUUCUCUACAAAACAAUGCCAAGGACACAAGCAACGCAGAAUACGAAGCUGAUGAAGAAAAAGAUCCAAAAAGGGUUUCAGACAUGGGAGAAGAAUAUGCUGCUUCUACUUCUUCAAGUUGUCAGAUUGAUCUAUGGAAGUGA